AUGUCCAUCGUCGACGACACUCCCAUUAAUAUCACUGGUACAAUUGAGAAUCAGUUCAAAUGCAAAACACCGGCUGAUCUGAACAAGAUCACAAAGUCAUUGGAUGAAUACACAAGCGUAUUGUUUGGUCGCUUAUUCAACAAACAGAUCACCCAAAACAUAUUGCCACUGUCAAUCAAGACUGUUACAUUUGGAAGGGAUUACAAUCAGGUCAUCGAGUUAGAUUCAUUGCCUAAAGGGUUGACAUCACUCUUCAUUGGAGCAAAGUACAAUCAACCGUUGAACAUUGAUGUGCUGCCCCAAUCACUGACAUUGUUGUCAUUCAGGGCUCAACAAACAUCAGUUUACAACCAAGAGUUCAAACCUGGUGUGUUGCCCGCAUCGCUGCGGACAAUGCUCCUUGGCGAAUCGUACAACAAGUCACUGUCUAAACCUGGAUGCUUACCUGGCUCACUCAACACACUGGAGCUUGGCAGAGACUUUGCACAAUCGAUCAAAGUGGGUACAUUCCAAAACUCAUUGACCAAGUUGACAAUGGAGUCAAUAGUCCCGGAUAUUGACAUUGGUGCGCUGCCCAACUCACUCAUUGAAUUGUCAACAGAGAGUAUCAAUUAUGGAUUUCAGAUUGGUCUACUACCAAGCUCACUCAAGAUAUUGAGAAUGAAUCGGGGGUAUAUUCGAUUAGCACUGGGGAUCACCAAAGGCAGUCUGCCGGAAUCCCUUGAGUCAUUGACUCUUGGUCUUGGAUUUAAUCACCCAAUCCAACCUGGAAUGCUUCCCAACUCACUGACCUCGCUGACCCUUGGCAAUCAAUUCAAUAAGACUUUGGCACCAGGAGCACUGCCAUCAUCAAUCAACAGCCUAGUGUUUGGGGAUGGGUUUGAUCAAAUACUCACGGCUAAUGUGUUACCGUCAUCGCUCACAUCACUGACCAUUGGACGCAAUCAAACGAGUGCAAUCUCAUUCCCAUCACUCAAACAUCUCAACGCUCACUCAUUGGAUCAAUUGAAUUAUCAAUUUAUAAGUGUGGAACAAGUGAUGACACUGACUUUGAACGAAAUCAACCCGAUCAUUCACCGGAGGUCACAAGCACCGAUCACUCAGCAUGUGGACACGUUGAUAAUCAAUUGGGAAGCGAUAAAGGGUAUUGAUGGUUUCAGAUUGCCUCAAACCAACGAACUGUAUAUUAAGGCAAUCAUCAAGACCUUCCCCAACGCGUCGACCUACAUUGUCACAUGCAGUCGAUGGAAUUAUCAGAUACGUGGCAUAAGUUCAGACAUGGCCAUUGUAUAUUCCAACGAUGUAAAGAAGAGACUCAAGACACCAUCGAUCACUGUCAACCACAAAGUUGAAUACCUAACCUUGAGUUGA